GUGAUUUUAUGGACAACUGAGAAUGCAAAGUGAACGUUUUGUAGUUAAAUACGUAACAGUAAACAAUUGUUUUGCUUAUUUACCGGACACCUGGCUACGUAAAUCGGAAACUAAGGAGAAUGUAAUUAAAAUAGCACAUAAAGAUAAAACGUAUUACAUGUCCUGUAAUAUAAGGCCGAAUCUUAAUGAAAUAUUGUGUCUUGGUACGACUUUUGCAAGAAGCUUAAAAAUCAAAGAAGAUGACGAAGUAUUUGUAUCUUUUCUGAAGGAUGUUCCACUUUUAACAAAAAUUUAUGUUGCACCUCUAACUGCCAAUGAUCGAGAAAUUUUGGAAUUACAAAUGGAGAAAGUGCAGUCGACAUUGCUCAGUCAGAUUCGAGUGGUAGCAGAGGGACAGCCGAUUGUUGCAUGGGUUUCACGACAUUCUUGCAUAACAUUAAUCGUAGAGUCGAUGGAACCGAUGGUUAAAUGUGGCAAACUCGAACAAUUUUCUGAGGUGCAUGUGGCUAAUACAAUAGCAAACGUAAAAAGUAACAAUUCAAACGAGGAUUCCAAAGAGUCAGUCGGUAUUACCAACAAUUUACUCUCCAUCCUCAAGAAGCUUUUAUCAAAAAAUGACCGAUAUUCGAAUAAAACAGAAGCAGAUGAAACAGUCAGAAAUUAUCAACUUUUACAAAGCUUUCGCAAUAAGAAUCUACCCAUGAUUUAUCGCGUCCAUCCAAUGUCUCGAAUGGCUGCAGUCGAACAGCUGCAAGGGAACAUCUUUGAUGAGAUCGCGCGAUGCCCUUAUCACGUGUUCGUUUCGAGAAACCAGGCGCCAAAAUUUCCUUUCGAUUUCGCCGUUUGUCGUAUAAAAAAGAUUCCGGAAGAUAAGCAGCAGAAUCUAAAUAGCACGAGUUUUCUCACCAACGACGAAUCACCUGUCCCGAAGUUCUCUACGGAAUUCAAAGUUAGAAUGUUCAUUUUGGAUGAUCUGUUGGAGAGGUCCUCUAUCUUGGACAGGGACUAUUUCAACGUUAAUUUUCGUGAUAAAAGCGUUUACGUAUCGGAGAGCUUACGGAUCGGUUUGAAUUUAAGGAUAGGUGGAAAAGUGAGCUUGGUGGUAUUGGAUAGUUCUGAGACGUCUGGUUCUGAAACGUCUGGACCGUCUUUCCUCGAGCUGUUUUCAUGCAAGAACUCGGUGUCUGAGGAAGAUUUCACGAAUUACGUUAAAACACAUUCCGUGUACAAAGAAUUACUGAUCAACUCUCGUGCCCCGAUUGUUAUGGAUAAUGGAAAUUCUUGCGUGGUGAAAAUUUCGCCGGAAGACUGCACGUUCGCCACGAUCGACGAGGCUAACUUGAAGGAUGUGAAGAUAUACAUGAGAUCGGUGAACGAGAUAAGCCAACUUGAGGUACCUGAGCACUUGAAUCGCAAAUGUUCUCGUUUAGGAAAGAUAUCCAGAAGGUAUUUAAAUAAUGUGUUAGCUGAAUGUCAACUCGCCUUAGAUCUCAGUCUAAGUUUACACAGGCGACUACCUUUCGCAUACGAUCGCGAAAAUAUCAUAAUUUCUGGCGCGAUUGGCUCUGGUAAAACGACCAUCUGCAAAAUGCUUAUCGAAUAUUUGCAAAAUCCGCCGUAUUUCGUACACACUCGUAUGAUUAAUUGUAGAUCCUUGAAAGGAAAGAAAGCUGAGAUGUUGCAAAAAGUUAUUACGACCGCUCUAGCCGAAUGCAUCUAUUAUCAGCCUUCGGUAUUAUUUCUGGAUGACAUAGAAUCUAUCACGAAUGCGUCGAUAAACGACGAGGAGAAUACGCCAGAUGCCAUAAAUGCUGCCAGGAUCACGGAUAUGUUGGUUAAUACAGUGACACAGUAUCAAGAAGCUCACCAGGUAUCAAUAGUCGCCACGUGUGCGAGCAUCAACGGUAUAGGUCAGAGAUUAAAGCCAGCUAGGGGUUGCCACUUUUUUAGGACAGUUUUAUCUAUCCCCAAUUUGGAAAAGGCGGAUAGAAUCGAUAUUUUGCAAUUAAUGCUCGGGGACAAGUUGUACGUGCUUGGAGAUGUGAAUUGGGAUUACUAUGGAAACAAGACCGAGGGAUGGAUGGUUCAGGAUCUCGUGGAUAUGGCUGAGAAGGCUGCGUUCGCUGCUUGGAAGCGUCAUGGUACCUCUAAGCCUCCUAUCAUGGUCGCAGAAGAAGAUAUGGCGGUCGCUAUGAAGAAUUGUACGCCGAUGUCUUUGCAAGGUGUACAAUUGUACAAAGGCGCGGGUCAUGUUUGGUCGGAUAUUGGUGGCCUCGGUGAAGUGAAAAGAUCUCUCGUAGAGAUUUUACAGUGGCCACUGAAAUAUCCCGAGAUAUUCAAGAAUGCUCCUAUCAAGCUGCAAAAUGGCGUUUUAUUGUACGGCAUGCCGGGAACGGGGAAAACGAUGCUCGCCAAAGCGAUUGCUAACGAGUGCGGUGUUAAUUUAAUCAGCGUUAAGGGUCCAGAAUUGUUGUCGAAAUAUAUCGGUGUUAGCGAAGAGUCUGUCAGGAAUGUGUUCGAAAGGGCUCUUCGAGCAAAACCAUGUGUUCUAUUCUUCGACGAAUUUGAUAGUCUUGCUCCCAGACGUGGCCACGAUAGCACUGGCGUCACCGAUCGUGUGGUGAACCAAUUGUUGACGCAAAUGGACGGAGUUGAGGACAGGGAAGGUGUCGCGGUCGUAGCAGCGUCAUCAAGGCCAGAUUUAUUGGACCCAGCUCUGCUGAGACCUGGACGUCUCGACAAAGUGUUGUAUUGUCCACUUCCAGAUGAGUCGGACAGGGAGGAAAUCUUGGCCGCUCUGUGCAAGACACAAAACGCAGACACAACGGGUUUAGACUUAAGAGAAUUGGCAGUACUUACUUCAGGAUUUACCGGUGCAGAUUUAAACGCUGUAGUGACACAGGCUAGGCUAUCAGCUUUCGAGGAUGCUGUCGCGAGUAAUCCUGAGGGAAAUAUCGAGGCGGAGGGCAUUAAGGUUGUUCAGUCUCACCUGAUCGAUUCCAUCAAAUCCACCCAUCCAUCUUUAUCCAGCGUCGAGAAGGCGAAAUAUAAGAGGAUCUACGCCAGAUUUUCGAAGAGCGACAAUUUCAUGGAAGAUGUGGUGAAGAAUCAGAAGGCUACUCUGGCAUAAACGUGAGCGCCAUCGAGAUUUACGUUUCUCUUAAAACGAACAAAUCUAUACUCGGGAAUAUAGUUUCUUUUCUAGCAUAGAUGAUAAAGUUACGUAUUUCUUUCGUACAAUACUACAGUAAUACCUCAAAAAAGACAGUUUUACC